AUGGUACAGACAGCAUGUGCCUUGGACCGGAGUACCGUGUGGUUUUUACAGAUGAAUCAAGAUUCACCCUGGACACUGAUUCUUGACAUACCUGUAUCUGUGAAGAGCUGGGAAUAUAAUAUCAUUCCUCUCUCAUCAAGGAAAAAGAUCAUUAAAACAGCAGAGGUGCAAUGUUUUGAGCAGGCAUUAUGUUGGAUGGCUGCUCAUUCUUGCAUGUUUAGCACAGAUGAUGAUAAGAUAGUGAAAUAUCAAUGGGAAGUGUUAGAAGUGCCUAUAGGAUACUCUGUCCAACUUAAUGAAACUCCUACUUUGCAAUUAAAGAAUUUAAUACCUGGUUUUUAUCGUUUUAAAUUGACUGUAAUGGACUCUAAAGGAGCAAUGAAUUCCACUUUUGCUAAUGUUACAGUGCAAAAGGAAACUGAUUAUCCACCUACUGCUAAUGCCAAAUCAGAGGUUGUAAUCUAUCUACCUCAGAAUGAAGUAACAUUAAAUGGUAAUUUGAGCACCGAUGACAAAGGCAUUAAAAGCUGGGAAUGGAAGAAAAGCCCAGAUACAGAUAAAGCUGUAGACAUGGAGGGUACGAAUGGACCAUAUUUACAUCUUUCUCAGCUUGAAGUAGGAGUGUAUAAAUUUAUCUUGAAAGUUACAGAUACUGCUGAUCAAACAUCUACUACUGAAGUGCAUUUAUUUGUUAAACCUGAAAGUAACACUCCACCUAUUGCAAAUGCAGGCCCAGAUCAAAAAAUCACUUUGCCAUUACAAAGUCCUGUUAUAUUGAAUGGUAGUGGAAGUAAAGAUGACAUUAAAAUUACAAAAUGGAAAUGGGAGCAAAUUGCCUAAUAGACACUGGUGUGCAGAACUUAAGGACUGAAAGCAUCCCAUGUUACAACACAUAAGAAAUGAAACACUAAAGCUUACAGUGAUUUGCAAAACUAAAGCUAAGUGGCAAAAAGAUGAUACAUAUACAAAUUUUCAAUAAAAUUUUUCUAAAGACUGUAGUAUGGUACAUUAUGUAACAGUGUAAAAUUGUAUAAAAACAGAUUUUCUAAGCAUAGUAGGAAAUAAAAAUCAAAUUAGUGUA